AUGUUAGAAGAAGAUUGGGAUAGAUGUGAAGUUCUUGUCAAGUUAUUGAAACCACUGCAACUAGCUACGACAAUAUUAUGUUCUGAACAACAAAUCACUAUAUCUAUGGUUCGGCCACUUAUUGGUAGUCUCAUCACUAAGCACUUAAGUUCAAAUCAAACAGACUGUGUGUUCGCUACCAUGUUUAAAAACACAGUUUCCAAAGAUUUGGCUAAAAGAUUUUCGAUGGAAAGUGGGUCAGAGAAAAAUACUAAUGAAAUACUGGUGAAUGUAUCUCAAAUAGCAAGUCUACUUGAUCCUAGGUACAAAAAUUUAAAAUUUGAACACUCGGAAGAAAUUAAAUACCGUAUUCAACCAAUUGUUCGUUCAAAAGUAUUAUCUGUAAAUCAAAUUUCGACAACUGUAUGUGGCAAUAUUCAAAUUGCAAAAAAAACUAUAUUAGACGAGCUAAUGGGCCAAUUCUCUGAUGAUGAUGAGGACGAAUUUACUCGUUAUUUGUCAGAGCCUCAAAUAAACCAUAACGACAAUCCAUGUUUAUGGUGGAAAGCACGGGAAAAUGUAUAUCCUAAAAUAUCAGUUUUGGCAAAAAAUAUUUUAUGCAUUCCUGCUUCAUCAGCAUCGUCCGAACGUGUAUUUUCUACAGCAGGUAAUAUAAUUACACCCAAGCGAAACCAAAUGACGCCAUAUCAUUUGUCAGCAUUGGUAUUUUUGAAAAACCAGGCAUAA